GCGCGCUCGGGUGUGUUGUGGAUGGGGGGUGCGGACAGGAAACCCUACCAUCUUUCGACGUUUCUCAUCUCGAAAAUUAAUAUUCAGGUGUCCGCCAUGCUGACAAGUAUCAUGGACGGGAUUCUCUGCUGCCUCGCUGGCAAGUCCGCCAACGUGGUCGUGCCCAUCGAGACUUGCGAGCCGGCCGAUGGCUUCGAGUUCGUGGAGGUGAAGCCCGGGAGGGUGCUGCGGGUGCGACACAUCGUCCCUGAGCGAGCCGUGGUGACGGAGCACGCCAAUGGCCAAGGAGGCAGCGUGCACUGCAAGCGCAAGAUCACGGUGUAUCGCAAUGGGCAGCUGAUCAUCGAGAACCUCGGCGAGGUGGUUCGCUCCGAGCUGCUGCACUGUCAGAACGGCGACCCGGAGCACAGCAGCACGCUGGAGGUGGAGCUCUCCAACUACAACAGCCCUGCUACCUCUACGGGGACCCCCGAUCGCCAACUGUCGGGACAACCGCCUGUGCCCCGCCGUCGUCACCGCAAGCCCAAGCGCACGGUGCUCAUCGAUUGCGAGCGCAAAAUAUCGAGUUGUAAGGGGACCCACGCAGACGUGGCGCUCUUCUUCAUGCACGGCGUGGGUGGCUCGCUGGACAUCUGGGGAAGCCAGCUGGAUUUUUUCUCACGUUUGGGCUAUGAGGUCAUCGCCCCUGAUCUGGCCGGGCAUGGUGGCAGCUCCGCCCCACAGAUAGCUGCUGCCUACACUUUUUAUGCUCUGGCGGAAGAUAUGCGUGCCAUCUUCAAGCGAUAUGCUAGACGGCGGAACAUUCUCAUCGGACAUUCCUACGGGGUGUCGUUCUGCACCUUCCUGGCCCAUGAGUACCCAGAGCAGGUGCAUAAGGUGGUGAUGAUCAACGGAGGGGGGCCCACAGCCUUGGAGCCCAGCCUCUGCUCCAUCUUCAACCUGCCCGCCUGUGUGCUGCACUGCCUCACACCCUGUCUGGCCUGGAGCUUCCUCAAAGCUGGGUUUGCCCGCCAAGGUGCCAAGGAGAAGCAGCUUCUGAAGGAGGGCAAUGCCUUCAAUGUGUCGUCCUUCGUCCUGAGGGCCAUGAUGAGCGGGCAGUACUGGCCAGAGGGAGACGAGGUGUACCAUGCGGAGAUCGCCGUGCCCGUCCUGCUGGUGCACGGCAUGCACGACAAGUUUGUGCCAGUCGAGGAAGACCAGCGCAUGGCAGAGAUUCUGCUCCUGGCCUUUUUGAAGGUCAUCGAUGAAGGCAGCCACAUGGUGAUGAUGGAGUGUCCAGAAGCAGUCAACACUCUUCUUCAUGAAUUCUUCCUCUGGGAGCCUGAUAAUUCAUCCAAACCCAAACAAGAAACCAUCAAGUCCACUAAAGACAAGAUUCAUCCUGCGAAUGGGGCAGCUCAGCUGGCGGCGGAAAACAAGCCCUGAAGCGAGCAGCGGGUCUGGCUCACUCUUUCCGGAAUGAAGCGGAUCGGUCCGAUGGCGCGGUCCAUGCUUGGCUUUGUUGAGCAUUCCUGCUCGCUGGCUAAAAGGUGGUUUUAAUGGCUCCAGAGCAUGAGGAAGACAUGCAGGGAGGCUGCAAGCAGCUCCAGGUUUGAGCUGGAUGCAACAGUCAGACAUUCCACUGCAGCAGGAAAGAAGACGAAGACUAUGGGGAGGGAAGUAGGACUGACAGCAAUCGAGGGAGUAGCGAGUUUACUGUUAAGCAUCAGUGACCCUCAGACAGUCUCCUGUGAUCCUUGUGGCUCUGCCAUUGACCCAAGAGAGGGGUCUCAUGCACUGGGAGGAGUUCAACAUGCACAUAGAGAUUCCAGCUGGUAAGUACAGUCAUGGUGAGCCACAAGAGGGCGCCAUCUCAGAGAUUCACUGUGGCAGAGGUAAAUCUCUGCUUUUGGCUGUUACUGUUAAUUACUGAUGAUGUACGCUGUCAUGUCUGAAUGGCUAAUCGCAAUCAUGAAAGGAACUAUAAAAUAUAUAUCAAUUUAAUUUUAAAUCGCUGGGUUACGUAGCUGAAAAUUGCCCAUAUAAACACAUCAGGGCUUAAUCUGAAUGUCUGGUUCUUGCCACUGUAUAGCAUUUUUUGAAAAUGUGACUUCAUCCUGCUUAGUUAUUGGUUUUACAUAAUUUACAAAAUAUACAUAUAAUUCCACCCUCUGUUUCUAUAAGUACAAUGGACCUCCAGUGACUGUGUACUGAUGUACAUUGAGGUUCAUGUUCAUUUUUUCUAACCCUCUGCGUCAUUGAGGAAUCAAGCAGUACCUGGGCUAGUACUGUGCACUUAAAUCUCUCUUAAAUCUGACAAUCGGUGCAUUUUAUGGGAUUCCAAAGUUUUUUUCCCCUCUGUGGAAGAGUCCAUGCAAUGUGUGUACUAUGCUCAUUAUGGUAGGAGACCUCAGUGACUGUAGUUUGGGUUUGAAUUAUGUUAUCGGCACCUUAAAAGAGUGAUAAAGCUGAACAAAACGCUGAAUUAAAUAUACUUCACAACAGUGUACUCUAUGUUUUUAAAAUUUUAAUUUAUCGUCAGUCAUAUCAACGCAGACCUUACUUGCAAACAAUCUGCAGCAAGAGCCUCUGUAGAUGCAGAUCAGUUCUGGUCACUUUCUAAAAACUGAGUCCCAAAUACAUUCAACUGAAGUGAUUAUGAAUUGUCGAGAAGGAAUUUGUGUAACUGAGUUUGUGUUUUCAUAACUGAAAGCUACACCCGACAAUCUAAAAUGUAAGGCUGAAUGAAGCUGAUUUCACUAUAUACUGCAACAUUAAGCGUUAACUUAUUUCAUUGUUUCUAACUCCAUAUGGGACAUAAUUGCCCGACCCCCUCCCCCCAUACAGUGUCUGAGACACUGCCAGUUAAUUUAUUUCCCCCUCACUUUAUGUCCAGUAAUACAAAGCAUAGCAAAGAAUCCUGGUAGGAGGAGGAGUUGCUGAAAAGUCGUUAUGUACAGUUGCCUGAGAAGUGCUUUAGGAAGGGCUGGCAUGGCUGCCCCCUACAGGCCAAUGAAUGCCAUUUUUUCCAGCACUCUGGAACUAGCAAGCAAAGUCAGCAAACGACUCAGACUCUAAAUAUGGUCUGAUUUUAUGAAGUUUUGAGUGCAUACGGGAUUUGGAACGGGAUUGUAGAGAAUUUCUGCUGAUGUACAGCCACAAGAAAUCCUUUCUCAUAUAUAUUUUCCAAAAAGAGCUAAAUUGCAACCAUAGUACCUAUGAGUGAACUACUAUGUGUGUAUUGAAUUUGAGAUUCAAAAUAUUGUUUUAUAUUAAGAACAGAUAUAUAAUAAAAAUAUAUGAAACGUAAUAUUUCAUUUGGAUUCUUAAAAAUUUAGGGAAAUAUGGUAUUAUCCAGGCGGCAGAAUAUGAAAUUAUAAUAGUAACAACUUAUAUUACUCAUGUAUUACAUUAUAUUUAUUUUUCUAAACAUGACAGCCCAGCUGAAAGCUGGGAACGCCCUUAAAAUGGGCCAGUGAGCUGGUUCUGAUGGCAAAUGCAGCCUUCAGUGGCAGGCAGGGAAGCACAUUAACCAACAAACCAACACUUUCAUAGGUGGCAGAUCUAUUUCCGGUGCCUGUGUGUGUCUGGGGGUCAUUGUAACCAAUGUGCGUGCAGUGUACUGUAUAUCGCCUAGCUUAUUCCUACGGGCAUUAUUUUGGGAGGGGGCUUCCGCAGGAUGGGGAGACAACAGCUAGUCUCCCAUCUGUUACGACUGUUAUGUGUGUGCAGGUGUGGCGGGUCUGGGGUACGGCUCAGAUCAUGAGAUCUGCAAAACCUCAUUGAUUGCGGGGAAAAGCCUGCCACAGAUCAUUUCCGCAUACUUAUGGAAGUCCUCUCCAUACAAAAAUGUUAAGGAUUUUAAACCUUUUAAAAGAUGGCAUUGCCUGUUUGUUGUAGUUCAAAGUUGCAAUAUGAUGCAAUAAGAGAGAGGAGAUGUUUGUCAUGCUGCUCCAUUCUCGUCCUUCUGCUUUUAAAUGCAGAGUGUAGUACAGCGUGCAACUGAAGCUCUGACUACUUAAAAAUUGGUGUUGGAAUAAGAGACUUAAGUAAAAGAAUAAUGCUUAAGUUUUCACUGUUUUAAUAUGUUGAAUUCCUUGGUGCUAGGAAGAGUAAUUCCCAAAGAAUGCCCUUUAUGUUGAAAUUCUGGAAACAUUGUCACAAUCCAAACUAUGCUGCUGAUGUAGGCUUUGUGACUAGCUGCUGUAAAAUGUAACCUGUAAGUAAUAGAAAUAUCAACUUAAAUGUAUUUUACUCCAAGUUGUCACGUCUUAGAGCCCAAGUAUGGUGCUUGUGUGCUCUGUUACUCCGAUUUGUGACAGACCAUUAAAUGCUGUGGCCCCCACCAUCCUGACACGCCCCUUCAUUCAUGUAUGCUGGAUUCUUAUUACAGUUCAAUACUGUCAUUUUGGAGUUAAGUGAUUGAAUGACAGUUAAAAUGCCAGACUGACUGUUAGCUGAAAGACUGUACAACUUAAAAUGCAAUUAAAGAAAACCAAACGCUGAGAGAAUGUGUGUACUGUAUAUUAAUAAUUGCAGAUAUUUUAAAACAUUAUCCAUUACUUCUGCAAGUAAUGGUUUUGUACAUGUUGCUCCUCUUGUAACUUCAAACACCCUUAAUAUCUGACCCGCUGUACCGCUGUAAGUAGCCGUACCAUUGCAGGUUAUUUGUAAACCAACAGAAUCGAUUUGGCCUAAAUGUGAUCCAGCAUAAUCCAGCAUGCAGGGCAGUGAGGGGGGGCCGGCAGACACCUGUAUGUCUAAUGGAUAUAAAUGGCGUCCUUCAGUGCUGUACAAU